AUAUUUUCUCGACACGGUAACACUGACACGCAGUAAACAGAGAUUUUGUACAGAUAAAAAAAAAAACAGGAAAAAAACUUGAUUUAAUGGUAAAAACGCGCAUAAAACAAUUGAAUAAAGGUGCUUAGGUGUGUUGAAAAUUAACCCGCUUAUAUUAAAUAGCAUAAGCGACCCAAAUACAAUUAAAGCAGAAGCAGCAGAAAAAGAAGCGCGAGCGAACUGAAGAAACUUUUGUGCCUAAUUACGUAUUCCAAUCAUGGAUGAGGCGAACAUACAGGACAAGGAGCGCUUUGCCAGUCGCGAGAACCACUGCGAGAUCGAGAGACGGAGACGCAAUAAAAUGACGGCCUACAUAACAGAGCUCUCGGACAUGGUGCCCACAUGCAGUGCGCUGGCCAGAAAACCGGAUAAAUUGACCAUACUUCGUAUGGCUGUGGCGCAUAUGAAGGCUCUGCGGGGCACUGGGAACACCAGCAGCGAUGGCACCUACAAACCCUCCUUUCUUACCGACCAGGAACUGAAGCAUCUAAUCCUGGAGGCCGCUGACGGGUUCCUCUUCGUGGUAUCCUGUGAUUCGGGUCGCGUGAUCUACGUUUCCGACUCGGUGACGCCCGUGCUGAAUUACACCCAGAGCGACUGGUACGGCACCAGUCUGUACGAGCACAUACAUCCCGAUGACCGCGAGAAGAUUCGCGAGCAGCUCUCCACCCAGGAAUCACAGAAUGCGGGACGUAUCCUGGAUCUCAAAUCGGGCACGGUGAAAAAGGAGGGACAUCAGUCUUCGAUGAGAUUGAGCAUGGGCGCCCGUCGCGGUUUUAUUUGUCGCAUGCGCGUGGGUAAUGUCAGCUCCGAUUCCAUGGUAUCGGGACAUCUGAAUCGCCUGAAGCAGCGCAACUCCCUCGGACCCUCUCGCGAUGGCACCAACUUUGCUGUGGUUCAUUGCACGGGGUAUAUCAAGAAUUGGCCGCCCACGGAUAUGUUCCCCAAUAUGCAUAUGGAGCGGGAUGUAGACGACAUGACGUCCCACUGCUGCCUGGUGGCCAUCGGUAGGCUGCAGGUCACCUCCACGGCAGCGAAUGACAUGAGCGGCUCAAACAAUCAGAGUGAAUUCAUCACACGCCAUGCCAUGGACGGGAAAUUCACGUUUGUCGAUCAGCGUGUGCUAAACAUUCUGGGCUACACCCCAACGGAGCUGCUAGGGAAGAUUUGCUACGACUUCUUUCAUCCCGAAGAUCAGAGUCACAUGAAGGAGAGCUUCGAUCAGGUGCUCAAACAGAAAGGACAGAUGUUCUCUUUGCUCUACAGGGCACGGGCCAAGAAUUCCGAAUACGUUUGGCUGCGCACCCAGGCGUAUGCCUUCCUCAAUCCCUACACCGAUGAAGUGGAAUACAUUGUGUGCACGAACAGCUCCGGGAAGACCAUGCACGGUGCUCCGAUUGACGCCGCUGCGGCCCACACACCUGAACAACAGCAACAACAGCAGCAGCAGCAGGAGCAUGUUUAUGUGCAGGCCCCUGGCGUGGAUUACACACGCAGGGAACUCACUCCCGCUGGCAGUGCCACCAAUGAUGGGAUGUACCAGACCCACAUGCUCAGCAUGCAGGCGCCCACGCCACAGCAGCAGCAACAGCAGCGUCCGGGAUCGGCCCAGAACACACCAGUGGGCUAUGCCUACGAUACAACGCAUUCGCCGUACAGCGCAGGUGGACCCUCGCCACUGGCCAAGAUCCCCAAGUCGGGCACGUCACCUACGCCCGGGGCGCCCAAUGCGUGGGGCGCACUGCGUCCGCAACAGCAACAGCAGCAACAACAACAGCCCGUCACCGAAGGCUAUGCGUAUCAGCAGACCAGCCCGGCACGGUCGCCGAGUGGACCAACCUACACGCAGCUAAGCGCUGGCAAUGGCAAUCGGCAGCAGCAACCCCAACCGCAGGGACCAUAUCAGGCAGUACCACCGCCGCCACCACCGAAUGCGCCGGGCAUGUGGGACUGGCAGAAUGCAGGAGGUCACCCACAUCCUCCCCAUCCGACGGCGCAUCCGCAUCAUCCGCAUGCACAUCCCGGGGGACCAGCCGGAGCCGGUCAGCCGCAAGGUCAGGAGUUCUCCGACAUGCUCCAGAUGCUCGAUCACAGUGCACCCACAACAUUCGAGGAUUUGAACAUAAAUAUGUUUAGUACACCGUUUGAGUAAUCCCUACAGUCCUAUGCAAUCCAAUCCCACUCUAUCUGCCGCGUCUCUCUCUCUUGACCAUUUCUCAAGUGCAAUCUAUCGGAAAAUUGUUGAAAUAAUUCAGCCAAAACGCAGACCCAUGGUAAUCUCGUAAAUAGCAAUUUAAGUACAUAACGAUGGGGCACGUACACAAGAAUUCCGAUAUUCGUAUCUUCAUUUUGUCGGCCCCUCCCUAAACCCCGCUAAUUCGCAAAAAGCUAAAGGUAUUUGCAAUUAAAGAGCACACAAGAGCGAUAUAUAUUUAUUCAGAGCCUAUGAAUUCUAUACGAUUUCUGAAAAGGGCUUCGACUUGGGAGUGAAAUUUUCUCUUAUCUUCUUUUCUCAUUAAGUGCUCCAACCAUUAUGCAAAUUUUCAAGUUCAUAUGCAACUUAUAUACAUAUAUAAAUACGUAUACAAAUCGUAGUCUAAUAUACAAAAAUUGUUAAUUUUAAGCAAAAGCACAUACAAACCCUCCCCUGAAAAGUAUUGCCCUCCAGCGCCAACAUUGACACCAAUCCAAUUCUCCCAUUAAUUUCGCUCGCUUUCUGCGAAUGCAAACAAAAGUAUAUCACACACACAUCUGCAUAUAUUCAUUUAUAAACAAAUUCGCUUAAUGUGCAGCUUUUCUUUCGUUUUUAGACGAAAACGUCUGAACUUUCAAGCUCAAUACAGUGGCGUUCAAAAUUGAAUUGCACAUACGUACUGGAAACAGAGGCGGCACAAACUACAUUGUCAGCUGCAAGACGAAUGCACCCCCCCCACCCAUUCAAUUAUGACAAAUUAGUUAUUAAGCAAAAAAAACUUCAAGAAACAAAUUUUUACACAAAUCGUUUAGUCGCUAAGUCCACCCCUUUUUUUGUAAUUAAGCCACAAAAUCAACGAUUAUGCUUAGAGUUUUGGGGUAUUGAGAACAAAUAUUUCGGUUUUUAAUGAAAAAUAAACUUAAUGUACUACUAA